GACUAACAAGAGUAGGGAGAUCACCGAUACAUAUGAGAAAAAUUCUGUCAGAAGUAGGCUUCACUUAUUUCCGUCUCUAACAGUCGAACGGUCGAACGAAAUUCAUAUUUCUUCCUCCGGUAUGUUUAGUGGGAGGAACGUGUAGGCCGGUAGUAUCGUGAACAGUAUUGAGCUAUUUUCCACAACAAAUAAUAUUUUUAAUGUCAAUAUAUUGAUAAAAAUGACACGAGUAACAUUUUUACAUCCGGAUCUUGGCAUAGGAGGAGCAGAAAGAUUGGUAGUUGAUGCUGCAUUAUCUUUAAAAAAACAAGGUUAUGAGGUUAAUUUCGUGACAACUCAUCACGAUUCGGAACAUUGUUUCUCUGAAACAAAAGAUGGAACAAUUCCUGUUACAGUUGUUGGAAGUUGGUUGCCCAGGCAUAUCUUGGGUAGAUUCUUUGCACUUUUUGCUUAUAUUCGUAUGAUAUAUGCAGCUAGCUACAUCGUUUUUUGUGAAAAUCGACCAGACAUUGUAUUCUGUGAUCUAGUUUCUGCAUGCAUCCCUAUUCUUCGGUUACGAAUUCCAUACAUAAUUUUUUAUUGUCAUUAUCCAGAUCAAUUACUUUCACGGCCAGAGGGUCUUAGUAAACAAUUGUAUCGUAUACCCCUUAAUUAUCUGGAAGAAAUAACAACUGGAAUGGCACAUAAAAUAUUUGUAAAUAGUCUAUAUACACGUUCAGUGUUUAAGGACACUUUUAAGAGAUUAACUAUUGAACCUGAGGUUUUAUAUCCCUCUAUCAAUACAGACUAUUUUGAUAAAGCUCGAAUAAUACCCUUAGAAAGAGUACUUGAUAAAAAGUUACCACCAAAUAGUACUAUAUUACUAUCUAUCAACAGAUAUGAACGUAAAAAAAAUUUGGGCCUAGCAAUAGAAGCACUAGCAGAGCUCAAAAAGUACUUAAAAGAAGAAGAAUACAAAAAAGUAUAUUUAAUUAUGGCUGGUGGAUAUGAUAAAAGAGUUGAAGAAAAUGUAGAACAUUAUUUGGAAUUAAUAGGUCUUGCUGAUGAGCUAAAUGUUACAGAUAAAAUAAUAUUUCUUCGUUCUCCUUCGGAUAUUGAUAAAGUAUCUAUUUUAUAUCAUUGUAUGGUUUUAUUAUAUACGCCUCCAAAUGAACAUUUUGGUAUUGUACCACUUGAAGCAAUGUACAUGAGUAAACCAGUAAUUGCACAUAAUUCUGGUGGUCCAAAAGAAUCUGUUGUUUCUGGAAUUACUGGAUUUUUGGUUGAUUUAUCUGGUGAUGCAUUUGCUCUGAAAAUAGCUGAUUUAAUUAAAAAUCCAGAAUAUGUUCAGCAAUUUGGUGAUGCAGGCAAAGUUAGAUUUAUGGAAACUUUCAGUUCUGCUGCAUUUAGUGCUCAAUUGAACAAAACAAUUGAAGACUUAAUUGACAAUAAGAAAGUAAAGUAAAAUUGUAAUUAUUGAACUUUUAUACAUAGCAGAUAAAAAUUUAAAUUGUUACAAUUUUACUAUAUAUUCUUUAUGACGUAAAUUAAUGAGAAAAAUUAACAAAGAAAUGAGAAUCAUAUUAUACGAUUUUAAAUUUCGUAGUAAAAUAUAUUGAUUGUAUCAAU